UACAUCAAGGAGGAAGUCAUUUCCAUUGGAUUUAAGACUUGGUACCAAUUUUGGAAAGGAGGAACAAGUCAUUUCUGUGUAUCUGAGAGACUGACUCGCCACAGGUAAGCACUGCAUUUGAAUCAGCAAAAAUAAAGGCUUAGCGGACCACCAGUGGUGACUGACUCACCUGUUUUAAACAGCUGUACUAGACCACACUGCUUUAUAAAGAAUCUUUGUACAAGCUGGCUUAAUCAUGUUGAGUUCAUGAUAACACAGUGAUUAAAACAAUGGUCUUAGUUAAACCUACCACUAAUUAGAGACCAGGCCUAAGCUGGUCCCCUCCCUUAAAAAUAUCCCUUUUUUGCUUACAUUUUCAAAUAGUGUAAUAGUUCAGAUUUAGACAUAUUGCAUCAUCCAUUGCCUUGACCUAUCAAAACAAGAGAGCUCAAUGUUUAAUUUAAAACUUGACAGAUCUGUCCUUGCUCAUUUUGAAUGGCAGUUUGGAAAACACAGGUGCCAGGCUAUAAAAGAGACGGGGGCAGUUCCUUAUCCAUAGGGAGAACUGAUUGCACGUUUGAGGCAUCACUGGUUCGCGAGAGAAAUCUCCAGCUUUACGGGAUGCCUGGAGGCGAUAUGGCAAAACCACUGCUAGAUCAUCAGAACAUGGACAGUAAUGUAAGCCUGGCCCCGGCUGCUGAGAGCAGGACAAUUGGGAUUCUGGGAAGCGGUGACUUUGCACGCUCCUUGUCUAUGCGCCUGGUGUGCUCAGGUUUCAAAGUGGUGGUUGGAAGCCGGAACCCGAAGCGCAACACUAGCCUCUUCCCUUCAGCAGUUGAACUAACGUUCCAGGCAGACGCCAUAAAGAAGGCAGAUAUCAUCUUUGUGGCAAUUUUCAGAGAACACUACACCACACUCUGUGACCUCAACAGUGAGCUUUCUGGCAAAAUACUGGUGGAUGUUAGCAACAAUGCUGAAAUAAAUCAUCACAAAGAAUCAAAUGCAGAGUAUCUGGCCUCCCUUUUCCCAGCCUGCACUGUGGUCAAAGGAUUUAACGUCAUUUCAGCUUGGACCUUGCAGUUGGGUCCCAGAGAUGGGAAUAAGCAGGUCUUCGUUUGCUGUGACAACCAAGAAGCCAAACAGGCUGUUGCUGAAAUUGCUCAUGCCCUGGGCUUCACUCCUGUGGACAUGGGCGCCUUGUUCUCAGCUCGGGAAAUAGAGAAUAUUCCCCUGCGGCUCCUCCCUGCCUGGAAGAUUCCUGUCUUCUUGGCCCUAGGUCUCUUUCUCUGCUUCUACACCUACAACUUCAUCCGGCAAGUCUUACAUCCUUACAUUCGAGAGAAGAACAACAAAUUCUACAAGAUCCCGGUGGAGAUCGUCAACACCACCUUGCCUUGCGUUGCCUACGUCAUGCUGUCCCUAGUCUACCUGCCUGGAGUGCUUGCAGCCACCUUUCAGCUGUACCACUGCACAAAGUACCGGCGUUUCCCUGACUGGCUUGACCAGUGGCUGCAGCACCGGAAGCAGAUAGGCCUGCUGAGCUUCUUCUGCGCAGUGCUGCACGCUGUCUACAGUCUGUGCCUACCCAUGCGUCGGUCCCACCGGUAUCUGUUACUCAACGAGGCGGUCAAACAGAUCAGCCCAGGCCAGAACAUACAGAUUCUAAACUUGAUGAAGUUCCAUUGAAGCCAAUGGACCUCAGUUCUGCAUAAGUGGAGAAGAGAACAGAUGCCUGGGUGGAGGAGGAAGUCUGGAGGAUGGAGAUUUACAUCUCUUUUGGCAUCAUGGCUCUGGGCUUGCUCU